UGCUUAUCAACCAACCAUCAAGUGGCUGCCGAUGUGAAUUGUAUAAUUACUUUUAACUAACGUGAAGCCUUUAAUAAUCAAUGUCAGAUUCAUAAAUUAGAUUAGUACUUAAUACUACACAUUAGUUUUAAAUUUGGUUGUACAAUAGCAAGAAACAGCCAUUAUGACACUUUAUCAUUUUGGAAACUGUCUCGCAUUGGUGUAUGCCCCAUAUCAUAUGGCUUACAAGUUUUCGGGAAUAUCAGAAUAUGCUACGUUUUCAAAAUGUGUAUAUGCUGGGGGUUUGUACAUAUUCACACAAUUGUGUAAAAUGUUACUGCUCGCCACAUUCUUUCCAGAUUCUGAUAGUCAAGUGAAUGGAGAAUACGAUGUUUUUCUUGAGAUCCUCAAAGCUACAGUAGACUUUGCAGACUUGAUAGGGCUGUAUUUUGCUCUGAACUCAGUGCCCGGCAAAGGUCAUGCAAAGAUCCUGACGGCUGCAAUUGGUUGGGCGAGUGCAGAGGCGGUGGUGAGCCGCAGCUUGCUGCUGUGGGUGGGCGCUCGGGGCGCGGAGUUCGACUGGCGCUACGUGCGGUCGUGUGCGGAGGCGAACGUGGCGCUGCUGCAGCACGCGGCGAGCGCGGCGCUGGUGUGGUUGUGGUCCCGCAGCGACUUGCCGCGGGCGCAGGCCCCGCUGGUGCUGUGGCUGCUGGCGCUGACGCCGUACCGGCCGCUGCUGGAGGACGCCGUGGCGGCCGUGCUGUCGCUGAGCGCGUGGUCCCUGCUGGCGGUGCGCGCGCUGCACGCCUCCGCCCUCGCACUCACUGCCUUGGCUAUGUACGCUAUUUUGUCGCAACAAAUCGGUAUAUAAAUUAUAUACAUGAGAAAUGUAGUGUAUGGAACUCUUAUUUAUGUAUUUGAAUGCAUGUGAUAAAAUUUGUA